UUGAUUGAUAAUAACUUUCACACAUUACUUUCUAAAACCUCUUUCCGGACAGUAAUAUAAAAACUUGGCCUCCAGUAACCACCAUUACCGAAUUCGAGAGAAUGAAUCAACAAGUGCAGAAGAACACACUCUACGUCGGUGGAUUAGCAGAGGAAGUGAAUGAAACGAUAUUGCAUUCAGCAUUCAUACCAUUCGGAGACAUAAAAGAUGUGAAAACGCCGUUAGAUCAGGCCACACAGAAGCACAGGUCUUUUGGGUUCGUCACGUUUUUGGAAAGAGAAGAUGCAGCGGCCGCCAUGGAUAAUAUGGAUGGUGCCGAGCUUUUCGGCCGUGUCCUCACCGUUAAUUACGCUUUGCCAGAAAAGAUCAAGGGCGGUGAACAAGGCUGGGCUGCUCAACCUAUUUGGGCCGAUGCGGAUACAUGGUUUGAACGACAGCAACAAGAAGAAGAGAUGCAACGCCUUCAAAAAGAAGACCAAGCAUCAAAGCAAGUUGCAGAGGAAUUGCACAGAAAAAAACUGGCAGAGGAACGAGAUGGUGAGAAGGAUGAACCUGACACCAAAGAUGAUCCUAUGGCUAUAGCUGAAGCUGAAUCAUUGAAGCAGAAUAAUAGUUGAUUUCAAGUCUUGGUAUUGAGUUUUAAACCUGGAAAAGAGAGAAAUGCACAAGACAGUUUUGGUUUCUUGUGGUGUUGUAUUCUACAAUAGUCUCAUGUUAACGUUGACCAAACUGUCUAGACUCUUGCUUUCAUUUAGGAAAGCAUAACUUGCACUCUGUGGAAUCGAAUUAUAAGAUUUAUGUGCUAUUCGUUUA